AUGUGUGAAUGCGAGACAUGUAUAGAGUUUUCGAAGCUUUUAAAACCAUAUGCUGGUGCAAAAAAAGAUUUUACUUGUGUAAUUUUAUCUAAGUCUGAAGUGAAUCAAUUAGUUGUUUUUGUACAAGCUUUUAUGCAACGACAAUGUCUUGGUGGAUUUCAAGAUAAAAAAAAUUAUGAACAGUUUCAAUGGAUUACCCAAUGUUUUGUCUUGUUAAUGACUAAUUUGUUAAAAUCUUUCAAAGGACAAGACAAACUUACUUAUCCAACUCGAGAAGAAGAUGAUGCUGAAAGUAUUCGUAAAUGGGAUGAUUUACUAGCCAAUUUUAAAGACGAAGACCUACAAUGGACGUUAGCAGAAAUGGAAAAACCAUUACAUCUCAUGACCAAAGUGUUUUUGAUGAAUUUUCCAUUGUAUGUGGCUGUAAAACAAUAUCCACAUUACAAGACAGAAGAAGUAACUCAACAAGAAGCUUCUGCAAUGAAUCAUUAUUGCGAUGUUCAAGAAAUCGAUAUGCCAUUAUUACUUUUGAGAAUUGUCAAUAUAUUUUGCAGGGUUGGUGGUUUGGAAGCAAUUAUGUCUUGUUUUGAUUAUGAAUCCUUACCAUUAACUAUUGCCAAUCCAAUUGUCAUACUUGCUUGCAAUGUAAAAUUAUGGUUAAAUUACCAUACAAAUAUUCAAGUAUUUGUACCCCUGAGGUCUAAAGUUCUUAGGUUUAUGUGCAACUUAACUGAUAAAGAAUUAAGAACUCCAGCUGCUAAGACUAUGGCCGAUUUUAUGUGGAGUUCAAACAAAGAUGGACAUUCAUCUAAUUUGGAUAAAGAUGGUCUUGAAUUAGCAUUCAAGUAUUUUACAUCUCCAACAUUAACAAUGAGACUGGCAGGCAUAUCUCAAAUUAAUAGUCAUAUUGGAUCCUUAAAUGAACUUGUUCAUGUUACUGCUGCAACAUUAUCAACAUCAUCCCAGUCUAAUGACAUGGUUACCAUUGAACAAAUUGGGCACAAUUUAGCAACUUGGCUUGUUCAUCGUAAAAUUAUUUCUCAUGUGUUUGGUCCAAAUUUACAUGUUGAAGUUAUUAAACAAUGUAGUAUUACACUCAAUUUUUUAGCAUCGGAAGGUAAGAUUACGAAUGAACAUAUAGAUACUAUUUGGCAAGCAGCUCAGUUAAAACAUUGUAGUAAACAAGUAUUCGAUUUACUGCCUGGUUUCAUUAAACAUUUAGAACCAGCUCCUGUUUUACAUUUAUAUCAUUUACUGAGAAAAUUAGAACCAAAAGAGCACACUGAACAAAGCUUAUUUUUAGCAUCAGCUCUAACUAAAUUUAUUUGGUCAAGUAUGGCUACUACUGCAAGAAGUCAUGAAUUUUCAAUUCCAAAAUUGGCAAGAAUUGUAAGUGUACGAGGUGGUGGUCGUAGAUUAGUUCGUUCUAAUGAUAUGAGUACAUCAGAGAAUAGUGCUAGUCUUAAUAGCAAUUCUGAUGGUGAAUCUAGUGAGGAACGAAGUGAUAUGAGCGAUGGUCCAACUCCUAGAAAGAAACCUAAAAAAGAAAAUAUUUUUGCUUACUCUGAUAAUGAAUCUUUGGUUUUAGAAGGGGCAAAAAUUGAAGAAUUGGAUGACGAUUUUGAUAUCAAUGAAAAAGAUAUUAUAAGACCAUCUAAACCAUUAGGUAUGUGUAAAAUAAGACAUUGUGUUAGAAAGAAAGCAAUUAGAGAUACAAGAAUGAGAGUAGUGAAACCAUGUAACUCAAGUGAUGAAGAUUCAGAUAAAAUGCAAAUAAAUCAUUGUAAAUUAGUAAAAGGAAACAAAUUUCAAAAGCCUAGAGGAAAGAUAAAUAACCACAAAAAAAUACGUAAUAUUAAAAUGAGGUGCAUUAGAACUGAUUGUACAGAAGAUGAUUCUGAGUCUGACGGUGAAGAAGAUGACGAUGAAGAAGAUGAUGAUGAAGAUGAGGAUAUUGAAGAUGAAGAUAGUGAAUCAAUGGAAGCAAUGGAAAUUGGUAUAUCACCUAUCGACCCUACUUCAGAUCAGCAGGUACCUUCGACUCUGAUUAAUAGACAAAUGCUAGAAGAUUAUAGUGGAGACGAGAAUAGUAUGUCAUCUCGAAUGUCAAAUAAAUCAGAUAAAAAUAUGGCUGAUUUUGAUGGAGAAGAUUCAGGCUGUGAUGAAGAAUUACUACAACUUGCUGCUCGUGCUCAAACUCAUUUAUCGACUCAGCAAUUAAACCAAAUGGCAUUCCAUUCUAAUUUUCAAACCAAUAAAAAUGUACAUCCAUGUACCCAAAUUAUAACCACAACAAUAUCUAAUCAAUUCAAUAUAGAAAAUGUUUGCAAACCUGGUUCAACAUUAUUGUGGGAUUUACUUCAAGAUGAUAAUAUUACACUUUUAGGAGAAUCAUUAGCUUUAGAAGCAGAAAAAGCAUUGUUUAAUCUUGUAUGCUUUAAUACUGAUCGUGCUAUCAGAAUGAAAUUUAUCGAAGGCUGUUUAGAUAAUAUACAAAAAAAUAAAUCUGUAGUCAUUUCAUUAAGAUUACUCCCUAAGUUAUUUGCAUCAUUUCAUCAAUUUCGUGGAGCUUCAUUGGCCAAUCUUAAUGUUGGAAUGGAUACUCGCCAGGUGACUCUUUGGGCUGUUAAACACCAUAGUAUGAUUGAUCGAGUAUUUAACAACUUUCGAGAAUAUUGCAAACAACAUGCUGAUAGUUUUUUUGAAGAUUCGGGAUUUUAUUCCCACCAAAUUCAUAUAGAUGCUAGAUUACAAUUUUUGACUCAUAUAUAUUCUUCAAUUGGACUUCCAGAGACCAUCAAAUUAACUAUUGAUGAAUUGGAUACAUUAUGGAAUUGUUUGGUAUCUGAUGAAGUUUGCCGCGAUGAACUAUUUAACUGGUUAUUACGUCAAGUCCGUUGUCGAGAACAACACACAUUUAAUGUUGAAACAUUAACACAUUUAUACUGUGAAAAAUUAUUAUCAUUAGCUCCAGAAAGCUAUACUAUGACUGCUCUUAGUUUAUUUACUCAGUUAUGUAAUAUGGCUCAACAACAAGUGUCUAGUGAUUAUUCAUUACUAGCAAGAAAUGGACAUGCAGCUGCAAUGGAACAUCUUUCAAAAAUUGCGUUAAGAGCAUCUAAUAAUGAUGUAAGCAUGGCGGCUAUACAAUAUAUAAACAACUAUUAUAUGAUGAAUCUACAACUUGAUAAAGAAGAUAAGUUUAUUAGUGAGUGUGUAUCAAAUUUAUCAGUAGCUGCUGAUACUUUAAAUGAUAAAAAAGAAUCCAGUCUUCUUUGUAUACAGCGAGCUUUAUUAUUAUUAAAGACUCACUUAGAAACUUUUAAGCGUAAAUAUGCGUAUCAUUUAAGGAAAUGGACUUUAGAAGGACAUGGUAUUAUGAGUCAUGUUAUUCAAAACGACAAAAAUGCUGCAACUAUUAGGCUAAAUAUUAAUCCUGCUAUGUUAGAAGAAAAAUUAACUCUUGAUAUGCCUAGUACUGAUUAUAUAGCUGAUAUGAGAGCUGAAAUUGCUCAUUGGUGGGAAAGUCAGUAUGAUAAUUUAGUUGCUAGAAAAUUACCUACAGAUGGUAAUAUACGCAUGAUUGCACUGGGACAAGAAAUUACACCAGAUUUUGAUGAAAAAACUAUUCAAGAAACUGGAUUAAAAGAUAAUCAAAUUAUAUAUUUAUCAUUAAGUACAUCUCGUAAAAAAAAAUUUGGUGAUCAAGAUUUACCAGGAUCAGCACAAUUUGUACCUUCUAAAGAAAGCUCACCUACAUUACUGCUUUUACGGCCUAAAAAUUUUGAAGUAUUAUUCCGUUUAAUGCAUACUCUUGGAUCAAUGAAAACAAUAGAUGAAGAAGAAAAUGAAUUACUACAUUCAACAGCUCAAGUGUUAUCAAGAAGUGUUUGGGAUAUUUUAACUAUACUUCCCACCAGUCCUUCUAUGUUGGAAUCUUUUAAACAUUUUCCAACUCAUGAAUCAAAAGAUGAUUGUCAAAUUUGGUUAAAAAAAGAUUUAGAUCCUUCGAAUUUACAAAAAUUAAUGUACUCAUUAUAUAUUAUUGAAUCCUUGGUCCAAAUGGGUAUUGAAAAGAAUUCAGAUGAUGAUGAAAUAUUACUAGAGACAUCAACAAAUGGACUAUCUAAUUCUUGGGGAGAUUGUUUUAUCGAAAAGGGAGGUUUAGAACAUCUAUUUACUAUACUAUUGUCAGGUACACUACAGGGUAAUAGUGAAUGGCAUCAAGACUGUUUGGCUCAUUUACUUAAAUUAUUAUGUCAGCUUGGUGUAUCACCAAGUGACAGACGACAACUAGAUCAGUUUGAAGGAUUAGGUUUUGACCCUUAUUUCAGACCAAGGAAAUCGCACAUUAAAAAACAAGCUAAUCUUGUUGUGCCAAAACUAAACAAAGACAUGUUAAAACUUAUGAAGAUAAAUUUAGUUAUACCAAGAUUGAUGAGUAUUUUAAAUGAGUUGUCUUAUCCCCAACAUCCAAAAGAAAUAAAAACGGGUUUUUGGGGUAGAGCUCAAGUUAUUCAUUUCUUAAUGACUUUAGUCUUAUCAUGGUCUCAUAGUGUAAAUGGUAUUUGCGAAGCACUAUUAGAAUCAAAUCAGUUUUCUAUGUGGCUUUGUAAUCUUGUUCUUGAGGAUCCAGAUCCGUUAGUAAGACAUGAGAUUUGUGUUGCUUUAUAUCGACUCUGUGCUGUACCCCCAGCAAAUCGUACUGCUGCUACAUUACUUUUAUCUCAGUUAAUCAAGUUCCUAGAUAAGGCUGAAUGCAUGCAACCUCAAAUAAGACAAGAAAAUCCAAUAAGGAUAACAGAUGAAGAAAAACUCAAUUAUGGACCAGCUUGUCGAGAUUAUUUUUGGCUUAUGUGCCGACUUGUCAAUUGUUUACCUAAUGAUAUAAUUCAAGAAAGUAUUCUAUAUCCAACAAAAUGUAUCAUUGAUAUUGAAGCCUUAGCUGUACGUGUUUGGGAAUCAAUUGCUACCCGAGAUUUUAUUGAAACACAUUAUAGUGGCCUUCAAGAUGAUGGUUUGAUUGGACUUUUAAAUCUUAUGUCCAAUAUAUUAGGACAUAAACCACCUUUUAAAUUUAGUAAACAUAGUCAUAAAGUUUUAGACACAGUUUUCGAGUUUCUGUUUGCAUUACCAGAUCCUCAAAAUCGACAGUUACCUAAAUGCAAAUCUGAAAGUGCACGUUCUUCAGCUUAUGAUUUAUUGGUUGAAUUAGUAAAAGAAACACCAAAAAAUUAUGAAUAUUUGUAUAAAAAAUUAUUAGAACAACAUAGUAAUGAUACAAAUCGGCUUCCUUAUUUAUGGGAUUAUUGGCCACAUGAUGAUGGUCGAUCUAGUUGUGGAUAUGUUGGUUUAACAAAUCUUGGUGCUACUUGUUACAUGGCAUCAUGUAUGCAACAUUUAUUUAUGAUGCCUCAAGCUAGGCGAUCAAUACUUGAAGCAAAAUGUGAUGAGUCUAAUAAACAUUCAUCAAUAUUAGUAGAGUUAAAACGAAUGUUUGCUUAUUUAUUGGAAAGUGAGAGAAAAACAUAUAACCCACGUAGUUUUUGUAAAGUUUACACAAUGGACCAUCAGUUGUUAAAUACUGGUGAGCAAAAGGAUAUGGCCGAAUUCUUUAUUGAUCUAGUAUCAAAGCUUGAAGAAAUGACUCCUGAAUUAAAAACUCUUGUUAAAACAUUGUUUGGAGGUGUAAUUAGUAAUAAUGUUGUUUCAUUAGAUUGUGAUCAUGUAAGUAGAACUUUAGAAGAAUUUUAUACUGUAAGAUGUCAAGUAGCUGAUAUGAGAAAUUUGUACGAAUCUCUUGAUGAAGUAACUUUAAAAGAUACAUUAGAUGGAGAUAAUAUGUAUACUUGUUCUCAAUGUGAAAAGAAAGUUCGUGCAGAAAAGAGAGCUUGUUUCAAAAAAUUACCUCAAAUUCUUUGUUUUAAUACAAUGAGGUAUACAUUUAAUAUGGUGACAAUGAUGAAAGAAAAAGUGAACACUCAUUUUUCAUUUCCUAUGAUACUCGAUAUGUCUGGAUAUGUAGAAAAACAUUUAAUGCCCCAACAUUAUCUUGAAGAAAAAGAAAUGAAUGAAAACGAAGGAACAGAACAACAAGAAGAGAACUAUCAAUAUGAACUUAUUGGUGUGACAGUUCAUACAGGAACAGCAGAUGGUGGGCAUUAUUACAGUUUUAUACGGAAUCGUGAACGUACAAAUAGGUCUCAAACACCAAGUACUGAUCAAUGGUAUCUAUUCAAUGAUGCUGAAGUGAAAUUAUUUGAUGCUAGUCAACUAGCAGCUGAAUGUUUUGGUGGAGAAAUGACGAGUAAAACAUAUGAUUCAGUUACAGACAAGUACAUGGAUUUGAGUUUUGAAAAAACAAAUAGUGCUUAUAUGUUGUUUUACGAACUUGUUAAGCCUACUGAUCCAGAAAUAGAAGAACAUGAUAUUUCUAAUGAUAUAGAAAUAUGUCCUCCAAUAAAAUUAAGCAAUGAAUUAGAAGGAUGGAUUUGGCGAGAUAAUAGACAAUUUUUACAAGAUAAAAAUAUAUUUGAAAGUGCUUAUUUCCAAUUCAUGUGGCAAAUAUGUGCAUUUAUUCCACAAUCAUUAGAAUCUUUGGAAGAAACAGAAGAUUUAGCUGAACUUGCUACAAAAUUAACUUCUGCUUUUUUCCUAGAAACUUACAUACAUGCUAAAGAACGAUCUACUAUAAUGCAAUGGACAGAAUUGUUAACCAAACAGUUUAGUGCUUCGCAGUCGGGUUGUGAAUGGUUUCUGCAACAAAUGGGUGUUGAUGGAUGGUGGCCACUUAAAAUUUUUAUUAAAUGUCCAAAUCAAAUUAUAAGACAGACAUUUCUUAGACUAUGUAUGCAUGUAAUUCAGUGCAUUAGGCCGUAUAUUUGUUUCUUUGAUAAUUCCUUUAUAAUGGAUGAUAAUAGUGAAAUUUGUGUAUCAUGUUUAAGUUCAUUUGUGCGCACAGUUGUAUCUUUAAUGGAACAAAAUAUCAAAAAUUGUAUUCGUAAUAUGACUGAAUAUUUUACAUUGUUACAUGAAUUUAGUAAAUUAGGUGACGAAGAAAGUAAAUUUCUAAUAGCUAUUCAAUGUAUUACAACAGUAAUCAAUUUUUAUUUGGGUUUAAAAGGGCAUGAAUUUAGUGAUAGUCCUAAUAUUAAUGGGGUUGAUUGUGAAGAUGAAGAAGAAGAACUUAUUCCAAUGUCAACUGCAGAUCGAAACAAGCCACCUUUAUCCCUUGAAAAAUUAAUUGCUCUUGUAGUUUCAUUGGUAGAAAAAUCACGUAACAUUAGUGGUCAACUUGACUUAUCAGAUAAUGAUUUAUAUGUAUUACAAGGAAUGAAGGGUUUUCCAUUUAUAAUUCAACAAAUUAAAGAUAAUACCAAUUUGCAUAUGACUAAAAAUCUUAUAUUUUCUUUAUGUCGGAAUGAUUCAUCUCAAAAAAAUGCCAUACUUGCUAACGAAAUCAUAAGCCAAAUUUUAAAUAUUAUACAAAAGAAUGUUAAUAAUUCUGAAGUUACUCAGCCAUUUUUUAAAAUGUUAACUUUAUUAUCUGAAGGAAGUGUUGGUGGUAAUGGAGGAUUACCCCCUUUUACUGAAUUCAUAUUAAGACUUUUAUGGCAAUGCACUGAAAAUGGUCCACAAGUAGCAUUAGAAUGGCUUGGUCUUCAAGUCCCUCGUAAUAAACAAGUGUCUGCUUGGGUACUUAAUGGUAUGGAUACAUGGGUUGAACGUUUUUUAUUAGCUCAUGGAAAUGCUCGGGUUCGAUCAGCUGCUAGUAUGUUAUUAGUAUCAUUGGUUCCAAACACACAAUUUCGACAAGCAUAUAGAUCAGCACGAGGCAUGUGUACAUUACAAAAAGAAGUUUUGUUAGCAUCAGAUGCAAAAGAAACAUUGCAUGAAAUAUUCAAAUUUCUUUUAAAUCUUUUAAAAAUGGCUAAAGAGUAUACAGAUACAACCCAACAUGGAUCAUCUAAAUUAACUGCCUAUUUUGUUUUGCUCAAUUAUUUUUUGAUAUCAAGAACAGAAAAGUUGAUGUUUGGACCACAUUUGGUUGAACUUUGGCAAUUAUUUCAUCCAAAACUCUCUGAACCAGCUAUACCAAUACAUCAUAAUAAACAAAGUCUAUUGAUGUUAUUUUAUAAUGUAUUAUCUGACUGUACAGAAAAUGUGCAAAUACUUAUUCAAGAUCCAUAUUUUGUCAAAAAUAUUGCUUUCAAUUACAUUUUAGCUGAUCAUGAUGAUCAAGAAGUGGUAAUUUUUAAUCGUACUAUGUUACCAGCAUAUUAUGGACUUUUAAGAAUUUGCUGUCAACAUUCUAAAGUAUUUUCAAGACAAUUAGCAGGGCAUCAGAAUAUAAGUUGGGCUUUUAAAAAUAUAUCUCCUCAUCCUACACAAUAUGCAGCUGCUGUUGAUGAACUAUUCAAAUUACUACAGUUAUUUAUUAAGAAAUAUCCAGAUUCUAGUGAACAAGAAAUUAAUGAUAUAAAUCAGUAUAGACGAGAUACAAUUCAAUUAUAUGUAUCACAUUUAGAUGGAAAAGCUGGCUGGGGUACUUUAAUACCAGUUGCUAAAAUUCUUUUAGAAAAUGAAGAUGAUAAAUUAUUUUUCAUUCAUAAUCGAGGUUUAGAAAUGUGCUUUGAAGGUUUUCAAACAUUACAUAAUAUGUAUCAUGAAGCUACUGCUUGUCAUGUUACUGGUGAUUUAAUUGAUAUGCUUGCUUUAAUUUUGGAUAUCACUAAGUGUUUACAAAUGUCUCAAGAGCAAAAAAAAUUGAAUGAUAAAGAAACACCACGCACUAUAAUAUUGACGUAUAAAGAAUGGCCAGACUUAUUACGAAAGCUGGUUACAUUACUUAAUACUUAUAAUCCUAAAGAAAUGAGACAGUCAGUAUUAGAUUUGUUAAAAGUACUUGUUGUUUUAAUGCCAAUUGAAGUUAUUAAUGUACUUCAACCUAUCUUGACUCAUUGUCAUGCUGUUUGUAUGGACAGUAAUAAUGGUAUGCCUAUUGGUCCUUAUUUUCCUCGACGAGGACAUAAAGUUCCCAUGCUUAGUUUGAAGUCAAAUACUAGGCCUAUAAGACCCAUGGUACAAAUGGCUUUAACACAUAACCAAUUAGAUUUGACUAAAGGCUGUGAUCCUCAAUAUGAUGCAGAAUUAUCUGCAUUUUAUGCACCUUAUCAUGAUUUCAUUGAUGUUAUGUGCCGCACUGCUGUUAAUAAUGAUUGUUUGACUGAACCUCUUGUAGCACUUAAUGCUAUGAUUGGAUAUGAAUCUAUUCCAUUACACCAUACAAAUUUCCCAAAGUUUUGGCUUGAUGUGCAUAAUAUGAAUGGUCCUAAUUUAUCAUAUUUAAGACUGUUAUCUAAAAAUAAUUACUUUGUUGAUUAUUUGGAAUCUACUCUUAUUGAAGAACGUCUUAGUUUAAACAAUGAUUUAAUAUAUGAUUUUGUUAAAACAUUCUUUCCUGAGAUGGCUGCCAGCGUACUUUCACAUCACACCUUUGAACUAUUAGAGAGUGUUAUUUUCAAUUUGCCAAACGAUUUGGAAAAAUUGAGUGAACUAGAAACUGAAAAAAGGAUGUUAUCCAACUUAAGAGCUUUGAGGGUUUGCUCCUUAGUUAAACCUCCUGUACAAGAACUUAAAGUUAUUUUAAAUGAUAUAAAAACAGCAGCUCAGAAUUUGAUUGAGAAAAUAUGCCCUCUGCCACCAGGCGAAAAUGAUACAAAUGAAACUGAAGUAAAAGAUGAUGAUGAACGGAUAUCAUGGUUACGUCGAAUUGAAACUACUACUACAGACUUUAUUGAUGCCAUUCCCUUACCCAAACAUGAAACUUCGCCUAGUGAAUUAGAAAAUAAAGAAAUUGCUGGGCCACCAGAUAAGACUUAAUUUAGGUUUUUUCUGUGGAUUAAAAAAAAUCGCUGCUAGUCUUUCAAAACUGGAUUUAUAAAUAAUUAAUGUAAUUUAUGUUUGUUUUUAACAUUUAUUUGUGAUCUCCAAAAAUGUUGCGAAGUUUUGUUUUCUUUU